UCUCCAAAAUUGCCAUCAAGGACUUAAUUAAAAAACAACUCCUCUUGAUCUUGCUAGCCGUGAUCUGAGAGAGCCCUAUUCUUAUACAAACACUCAUUUCACUCAGGACAUCUCUAAAGUCUUGGUCAUUUAGGUGAGGUCACCAUGUCUGUCUGGAACACUCUGUCUGCUGGCCUGCAGAAAGUACAGCAGAGCUUGGAUCAAGUGCUAGAGGGAGACCAAACUGAUGGCGAGCAGGUACAGAGAGGAGAUGAGGCUGUAUCUGCCACGCCCACAAGUGAGCCAGGACAGACGACUGUCUUUAAACAGCCGGCCAGCCCCCCCAAAACAGCCCAAGCCCCACCCCCUAACACCAGCGAGAUGGAGUCCCUGAGGCAAGCGUUGGUAGAGUCGGAACAACAGCUGCAACUCAUUAACAUGGAGUACAAGAGACUGCUGAGAGAGAAAGAGUCGGAGAUCCAGUCUCUCAAGAAGGAACUCUCCACUGAGCCUGUGCCUAGUGGCGGGGGAGAUCAAGAUUCAAGUACUCUUGAAAUGGCUCAGAAAGAGUUAGCUGCUCACAAAGAAAUGGUGGCUGAGCUCAGGACACACCUCAUCGAGAAGGAGCAAGAACUUCAGGAGCUGAACUCUAAAGCAGAAACCAAGUUCAACAAACUCAAGAGCCAGGCCAAGACCAAGAUAACGUCUCUCAACAAGGAGGUGGAGAGGCUGCGGACAGAGAAAGGGGAGGAGUCUGGUGUCAAUAUCUCCACCCUAUCACUGGAUGAUUCUAUCGCUUCCUCAGUGGGUGGAGCUUCACUUUCAGCACACCCCCAGCUCGAAAGCUUGAGGUCAGAGGUCAAGUCAAAGGACGUAUUGUUAUCGGACCUCCGUGAAGAACUGGAGCUGUUGCGAGGAGAGAAGAACCAAAUAUCCGAUCAACUCACCUCUCUCUGGGACAGACUGAAUGUGUCAGAGGUGUGUUUGAAGAAUGAGAAGGAGGUUGGGGUGGAGCUACAGCUGCAGGUGACUCGGCUAGAGGAGGAGAUGGGACGGGCCAAUCAGGAGCUGGCUACUUCCGUUAGUCUCCGGGACACCGCACUGGAGGAAGUAAAGAACGAAAAGGAGGCCAAGCAGGCUCUUCAGAGUCAGGUGACUGAUCUGAUUGGUCGGUUGGAGACGCAGAGCGAGGGUGGUAUGAAGCAAGUGCUCAGUUUUGCCUCGUCAGGAGUACAGGUGAUCAGUGAUGGUGACAGCGAGGAGGGUGUAGGUAGUGACAAGAGUGGGUCCCCCCUGACAAUGAGCUCCCCCUCCACUGUGCUAGCUGCAGGAGCCAGGGGUUCUCUAUUGGACCUGGAAGAUGAGAUCAGUCGCCUUGAGGCUACGCUACAUGACAGAGACAAUCAGCUGUCAAGUUUCAAAACCAUUCUCGAAGAAAAACAACAAUUGCUACAACAAGAGAAGCUAACGAGCUCAAACCUAACCACACAACUUGAAGAAAAAAUGGCUGAAUUUGACAAAAAUAAUCGAGAAAAUGCGGCAGAGAUGGAACAACUUCAGCAACAGCUGGCUGCUUCAGGCGGUGAAAUUGCACGCUACACAAGCAGCGUAGAGUCGUUGCAGACUGCAAGUGAUGAUUUAGCAGCACAGAACGAAUCUUACUCCGUUAAUCUACUGGAUCUCAAUAAAAGAGUUGAAGAACUGACCAAUUUGCUGACUGAGACACAAGAAUCGCGAGAUCAACUGAAAAGAGAUAUGACCGAAAUGGAAGCGACGCAUUUGAACACUAUAUCAGAGUGCAAGGAACAGCUGGGCCAGAAAGAGGUCGAAAUCGAAGGCUUACAAAAAACAGUCACAGAAGUUCAAACAACGUAUCGUUCCCUACAAGAUGGCCUCACUAGUGAUAUACGGAGCAGCGCUGACAAGUUGGCAGAUAGCCACAGGAAAAUGGAGGAGCUAGAGCAAAGAGUGGUGGAGCUACAAAAAGAGCUAGUGGCGAAGGAACAGAUAGCGAGCGAUUUAGAACAUUCAAAUCGGACGCUGGAAGAAAGCCUGGCAGUCAGUAAAGAGGGUUUGCAACAGAGCUUGGAUACAAGUCAAAGAGAAUACGGUGAACUAGAAAGCUCGCUCAUGGAACAGCUGGCCGAGAAAGACGAUAAAAUCAGAGAAAUUGGAGAGAAAUUAAAUCAAAAAGAAAACGAUAUAGCGAUUUCCAACGAGAAAAUGGACGCUACGUUGAAAGAAUUAUCGAAAGUUGAAGAGAAAGUCGAAGAAUUACUAACUGAGAAAAAAUCGCUACUUGAGAAAAGUUCAGAACUUGAUGACAAGUGUUCCCGUGCCUCGGGGGCAUUGGAAUUUGCCCAACAAGAGCUAUUAACUCGAGAAAACACUAUUAAGAGUCUAUCACAUGCACUGGACGAGAAGAAGGCAUCCAUUUCAAGUCUAGAGAGUGAUAUAGCACGUGUCAAAUCAGAGAACGCGGACAAGCUAACGGAAGUGGUGCAACGAAGCGAAGAAGCUUUUCAAACUCGAUCAGACCUUGAGAACAAAGUCAAUCAGUUGCAAAGAUCUUUGGAGAGUAAGGAAAGAGAGCUUGUGAGUGUACAAGAAGCUUUGAAGAAGUUGCAAACAGACAGUGAGAAUCUUCAACAAGAAUUAGUUGUAUCACAGUCCCAGCUGUUGGUGCUGGAACGAGAAAAGGAAGAAAAUCAAAUUGAACAUGAAACUCUUCGUGGAAAAGUCGAGAAUUUAUCGCAACUAGAAUCUUCGUUUUCACAAGAACAAACUCGAUACAAUACCGAAGUUACUGAUUUAAAAUCACAAUUAUCCCAGAAAACAACACAAGUUACUGAAAUGCAACAAAAACUUAGAAAUGCCAAACAGCAAUUGCAGAAAGCAGCUAAAGCCAAACAAGAAUUCACUGAAUAUAAGGGAAAAUUGGAAUCUGAGCUCGACAAACACAAGAAAGAGAAUACACAAAUGAAGGAGCAAUUUGACUCGGCUGUGAAAAUGAUGGAUACUAAAUCGGCCAAUCAAGCAGCGGCUCUAACUCAAGCUGCACAAGAACUAAGUGAUAAGGACACUUUACUUGCUUCACUAAAUGCGCAACUCUCGUCCGAGCGACAAAAUAUUGUAGAGCUGAAAGAAAAAAUCACCAAAAUCUCAGCAGACUAUAAAAUAUCGACUGAAAGAUGCCGACUCCUUGAGCAAGAGAAGCUACGUCUCACUCAGAAAAUGGCCGAACUAUCUAGCGAGCAUAGCCAUCUCAGUCAGUCUCUGUCGGAUGUUCAGUGUUUGAGAGAUUCGUUGCAGCUGGAGCACGAGACGUUGCUACGAGGAUCUCAGGAGAGGGAGGGCAAGGUGGUGGAGCUGACUCAGCAGUGUGGGCAGCUGGCACGAGAGAAACAAGGAUACGAGGAUAAGGUUCGUGAGUUGAGUCGUCAGCUGGUGGCCUCGGAGCAGAGACAGCUAUCCCUGGGUGGGGAACUGGAGGCAUUACAGAGAUGGAGGGAGGAGGGCCAGCACUGGGAGACAGAGAAGCAGACUCUCCUUGGAGACAGUGAGAGAUUGGAACAGGAGAAGAGUGCCCUCGAGGCGAAUGAGUCACUGCUCAGAGGUCAGGUGGAGCAGCUGCAGGGCCAAAUGGAGCAGCUGCAACAAGAGCUCAGUGGAUCACUGCUUCAGCUGGAGUCAGCCAAGAAAGGCUCUGAGACUGCUCUGGUUGAAGAACUUAAAAAGAGAUUGACCUCCCAGGCAGAGACCCACUUGACCGAGACCACACAGCUGCAACAGUCCCUGCAACAGGAGAGGGAGAGGCGAGAGAAUGCCGAGAAAAUAUCGGAAGAGCUCAAAGGUGAAGUGGCUAUCACCUUGGAGGAUCAGGGGACCAGCGAGGAAUCUUCACAGCCUCAAACUUUCAUGGACUAUGUGGAGGUCGCAAAAAUCUGGUUCCAGAGGUUCUUCAAAAACCCAAAUGUUGUUUUGAUGCGUCUGUACAGAGCCACGCCCCAAACUAAACUGUUUUUCUUAGCUUAUUUUGUUUUGCUGCAUCUUUUGCUUUUGUAUCUUUUUGUCGUUUAAUUAAUUUCAUGCUGCUACAGUUUAAUUUGCAGUUACUGUAUAGUUUAUGUUUACAUCAUCACAAAAUAAUUAUUAAUUCCUUAA